AUGUCAAGUCUUGUUCAUCCGUCCUCAUCAUCAACAAACAAAACCAUUCCAACCAUUAAACAUACCAAAGAUCAAAUUCCAGCAUUGAGAGUGAAAAAACCACAACAUCUCGUUCGAAAGCCUUUUAUUGAUACCAUUCUUGACCCUCAAAUGAAACAAAUUUCACAAAGCGCACAAGAAUUUUGGGAAAUGGAUCAAAAUGGUGCUAUUGAAUAUUUAGAAAAGAAAUUAGCAGCAGCGUUGAAUGAAAUUUCUUCCAGCAGCAACUCUGUGAAUGACAUCAAAUAUGAAGUAAGCGUGGCAAAAGUUGCAGAACAAUUAGCAACCAUGUACUAUGCCACUGAAAGCUAUGAAAAAGCUCUCAAUUUGUUCUCAGAGCUGAAAGACAAGUAUUAUUCGUACAGAAAAUAUAUUUUACAGAAAAAUCCAAACGAGCAGGUGCCAGAGGAAAACUAUGAGCAAGAAGAAGAACUUAUUGAAAAUGAUUCUUUUGCUAUCGUGGCAACCAAUUUCUCAGACUGUUUAAUAGGCUUGGGACGAGAGAAAGAGGGUAGACAAGCACUUUUAGACGCAUUGGAUUUGUGUAACUUUGGUCAUGAGGGACUUCAAUCUGGACCUAUUACUGAAAAGCUUGCAUACAUGGCCCUUCAAGAUUCGAAAGCAAAACAUCUAGACCUCUCUCAGAAAAUGCAAAUUCUUAAAGAUGCCAUUGAGCUUAUUGAUUCACGAGAAAAAGAUACACAAAAUUGCGACGUUCUCUAUGCCAAGGGAAUUUUAUUUGAAGAAUUAGCAAAAAUUUUGCCCGUGACAAGAGUGACCGAAAGAGAACAAUAUCUUGACAGUGCUGUACAACUCUAUAAGAAAAUGUUACAAAUUGAUCCUACUCAAUAUCAUGCCAUGAUGAAUGCUGGUGAUUGUUGUUGCAAGCUAGGAAAAGAUUCAGAGGGAUUGAGCUAUUACAAUCUAUUCAUUGACAAUUUUGACGAAAUUAUCAAAGAUAGUGCUUCUAAAACCAAAAGAUUAGAUUACUUUGCCAUGUAUGUGGAUAUUAUUGUGAAAUUAGGAAUUGCCUAUACGAAAUUUGAGGACUAUGACAUGGCCAUCAAACAAUUUGGUAUUUGCAUUUCAUUUAUUGAUAAAGUAUUGAAGCAUAAUUCGGCUCCAAAUGCAACCACAUUGAGAUCUUACAAAGUAGCUGCAUUAAAUAAGAGAGGAAUUUGCUUCUUACGCAAACACGAGUAUUGGAAAUGUGUGAAUGACAAUUCAGAUGCAAUUAACAUUGAUAAUACGUAUUUCCCUGCCUUCAGAGAUAGAGCAGCAGCAUAUGAAUCUCUUGGAAAAUUAGAUUUAGCAAAGGAGGAUAAGGUUCAAUGUGAAUACUUGAAGAGAAAGUUCGCUAUCAGUACUACUUUUUAA